UGGGGGUUAUAAGCUGCUGUCCCAGUCGGAGUGGUACACACACAGCACGGUCCUGCAGAGUGACUGAAAGAAGACAGGAAUUCUCUCAUCUCGAGGAAGAAGAGAAAGUUACAGUGAUGGCUGUAAACCCGCAGCACCUGCACCUGGCUGAAGUCACCGCGGCGCACUUCAUCACCGUGUGGGAACGCUUCGACCGCCACGGAAAUGGCUAUAUUGAAGGAAAGGAGCUGGAGAAUUUUUUCAGGGAGUUGGAGGCAGCGCUUCGGGGAACCAACACAGAUUCCACGAACGGCGCUUUAAAAGAGAAGAUGCAGGAGAUCAUGAAGAAAUUUGAGAAAAAUGCUGGCGGGAAGAUUGAGAUGUCAGAGCUGGCUCAGGUCCUGCCUACAGAAGAGAACUUUCUGCUGUGUUUCAGACAGUUCUUGGGAUCCAGCGUCGAGUUCAUGGCGGCAUGGAGGAAAUACGACACGGACCGCAGUGGCUUCAUUGAGUCCAAUGAACUAAAGAAUUUCCUCUCUGACCUCCUGAAAAAAGCGAACAGACACUAUGAUGACAAAAAGCUGAAUGAGUACACACAGACCAUCCUGAAGAUGUUUGACCUGAAUGGCGAUGGAAAGCUAGGACUGUCCGAGAUGGCCAGGCUGCUUCCAGUGCAAGAGAACUUCCUGCUCAAGUUCCAGCGCUUCAAACUAUCCUCUGAUGAGUUUGAUGACAUCUUCACUUUCUAUGAUAAGGAUGGAAACGGUUACAUUGAUGAACAGGAGUUGGAUGCACUGCUGAAGGAUCUAUACCAAAAACACAAAAUGGAAGCUGACACAGAUAGCCUGGCUAGUUCGAAGAAGAGCAUCAUGGCGCUGUCUGACGGAGGAAAGCUAUUCCGUGCCGAGCUGGAGAUCGUUCUGUGCAAGGAGCCGACUUUCUGAUCUCUGACCUUUGACCCUGUCAUCCCAUCCCACUCAGUCCGGAUGCAUGUGCUUGUUCCCUCACUGAUCUAAUCCAAUCAAAUGUAUUUAACGUUACACUGUGGCUCAUAUAUAUAUAUAUAGUUAAAAGCUUCCCAUGUUCUGAGUUACAGUGAUACACUUUGCCACCAUUGCUUCUCUCUCUUCUCUUUCUCUCCCUCCAUUUUGAGAUUUCUAACUCUCUCUCUCUCUCAUCUCUCUCCGUCUCUCUGUAGUCUGUGAAUCGCUUUCUCUUUCCACCCUGAAAUUACUGGGAGAUGGAUGAUAUUGGGAUUGUGCUGUGUUUGCUGAAAUAAAUAUCUGAGGACACACACCACGCUCUUCCUCUUCCUUUCCUGUUAUAUGAUCAA